AUCCUGAUAAUUGUUAAGUACAUAUAUAACAAUUCUUUGAAAAUGUAUAUUUCGUAAAGUUCAGCAAAUCUUGAAACAAUAUGUGGUGGGGAUAUAGUCAACCGCUAGAUUUACAAGCUGAAGUAAUACAAAUAGAAGACUGCAUUUUAAACAAUCUUGAAGUAUUGAUUGUAGGUUCUGGUGAUGCACGGCAUAUCGUGAAAACGCUAGCUUCAUCUUACACACAUCCUGCUCGAACUAUAACAUAUCACAUUAUCGAACCGACUUUGGAGCAAGUUGCUAGAUCGAUACUUUUAUUAAGCCUUUGCUUAGAAAAAGAUUUGGGACUGCAAGAGGCGACGCGAUAUUAUUUGGAGAUUUUAGGGAACACUCUUUUGAGACCGGCUACGGCUAAAUAUUUAGCAAAAUGCACUAAACAACUGAUCGAUAUUCCGACCCGCACUGUUGAGUGUCCAUGGUUAUCGUUAGAAAAAUUUAAGCACAAGGAUAGGGAUAAUUUGGAAUCUAUUUUUAAAUUUUGGGCACGUGCAACAUGUGAAGGAGUUCCCAUUGUGAAUUAUUGGGAUCACAGAAUCAGGAAGUUAUUGAAAACGAGAUAUGACUACAGAGAAGGUGUUUUUGAUUGGGAUUAUCAUAUGAUUUUAAAGCCCAGAUGUACCACUAAUCUUACUGUACAAGAAUAUAGAUUUUGGAGAAAUAAUGGAAUAGCUUUUACAUGGCUCGAAGGUGAACCAGUUAGAAGCAAUCCAACUCUGUUGAAUAAUAUAAUUCAACUUGGACCUAGUUUUAUACAUUAUGCAUACUUGGGAGACAUUGUGAAUGGUCCGUUUUUUACAUGGGCUGCUGUUGGAAACACCGAAGACAAACGUAGGGCAACUGACAUUGCUGAACGUGAGAUAAUGCGUGCAAUUUAUGAAAUAAGAACGAAAGAGCCACUAUGUGAAGAUCACGUCGGUGCUCAUAGGGAUGUCUCAAUUUUAAAUGGCAUUAUAAUGAGCGAAAUGCCGGAUAUUGAAAUGGAAAACGAAUCCUGGAUAGGUACUGGAGAUAAAUCUAAACAAGAUAAAAAGAUUUCUUGGAUGGAAGUACCAAAUCACAAGAUAAUAUUUCAUCCUAUAACGUCGCUGGAGUCUCUCAAGUCUAAAUGCGAAUAUAUAAAUAGGUUCCAUCUGAUUUGGGUGGCGCAUAAUAUGACAAAACAAUUACCAAAUUUGGUACCAUUGAUAUCUGCUGAUGCACCGAUGAUUGUGGAAUUGCGCAAACAUAUGGCAGAUCUUCGCAAAGAGGAUUUGCAAGACUUUACUAAAGAAUUGAAAGAGAUCGCGCGGACGAAUGGACUUCGUUCACUCUACGACUUCGAUUCUAAUGCACAUACUUUUGCUCGUUUUUGCAAAAAUUAAAUCUUUGAAUAGUUAA